UCUGUCUGUCUGUGUGUCUGUCUGUCUGUCUGUGUGUCUGUCUGUGUGUCUGUGUGUCUGUCUGUCUGUGUGUGGAUCUCAGAUCACAGUCUGUGUGUCCUCCUCAGAUGGUGGAUCUCAGAUCGGGUUAGUUGGUCCAGAUGUCGGAGGACCAGCCGGCCGAGGCCUCCCUCCGGGGGGAGGAGGGUCUGGAGGCUGGGGAGGGCGACACGGAGCCCAGCAUGCUGCUGCAGAAGCUCAAGAGCAACAUCUCGAAGAGUGUUCAGACCAAAGUGGAUCAGAUCCUGCAAGAAGUUCAGCGUUUCUCCGACAACGACAAGCUGUACCUGUACCUCCAGCUGCCCUCGGGACCCGGCGCCGGAGACAAGAGGUCACACCUGUUCACCUGUCAGACAGCAAAUCCAACAGGAAUACAGAUGUGUGUGUUUUGAAUGGCUUACUGCAGUGAUUCCCAAAGGGGGGCCAGACUUAUGACAGGGGGCGGAGUUAUGGCAGGGGGCGGGGUUAUGACACAGCAUAGUGGGAUGGCGUGCAGGUAAAGGUGAGUCCUCAGCAGAUGUUUCAUGUUUGUUAGUUUUUACAGUUUGUCGUCACACUGAAGAGAUUUCAAUGAAUUUAAAAAAGAUGUUUUAUGAAAGAGACUGAACUUUAGUGUUUAAUCUGAAACACAGACAACCUCCUGAAGUUUCUCACUCUGAGCUUCAUGAACACAAACAUCUGAAGGUUUCUCCUCCAGCCUCCUCGUCUUUAUUCUGCACAAAGUCAGAAGACGUUUUCACAUCUGCACUCCGGAUAAUAUCAGAUAUUUACAGGAGGACAUAAUGAAGAGAGGAGAACAAC